GGCAUCGCUGGACUUCCUUUCCGACAAUUGACUGUGGACUCAUCUCCCGGACUGACUUGGACUCAGCAUACGCACGAUUUGAGGCGAAGCCCAAGAUCUCAACCCAGGGAGACGGUGUGUCAACGUGUCAACGCAACUCACGGCUUCACUGUCCAUCAUCAUGGUGGUUGAAAAACGAAAAAGCACGAGCCACACUCAACAUUGUUGUGAUAGAGUUGCCAUCUCGGCUGGAUAGUCAAGACAGUUUGUUAAAGGAGCACCGGCUGCCAGUUGCUACGAUACCGCAACCAAGCAACCGCCCAACGUCAUGAAGUGUCGAUGGUUGGGGCACCUCGUCUUUUUGACGCCGUGGAUUCUCUCAGUCAAAGCUACUUCAUCACGAUCACUAAGAACCCUACUGGUUGAUGAAGAACCUUCAUAUGGCAUACUUAUUAGCGGAACGUCGUCUCCAUGUCUUCCUGCUGCCGAAAACAGCACACUUCUGUGUGACCCGAAUCAUCUGUUAAGUGAUGAUGACAUUGACAAGAUCGCCAGCCAGUUGACCUUCCUCAAGAAGAACUCAACAUUUCAAUGUCUGCAUGAUGGUAUCAACAUGGGCAUCUUUAUUCGGCAUUUCCGUCGACCCAGAAACAGUGUUUCAGUGGACAACCUUCGAACUGCCUUUUCCCUUGGUCCCUGUGGAGUCCUCUUGUACAUGGUUGUCACUCCCAGUAACCAGGCAUUUGUGUACAUGUCAUGGGGUUAUGAGUUGGAAAGAGUGUUGUCAGGGCUUGUUGUCCAAUCGGUGAAAGAUGGAAUGCUGCCAUUCUUACGACGUGGUCUCUACGGUGAAGCUAUACAUGCAGCUACAUUGGACUUGACCGCCUAUUUGGAAGGUGACCCUACUGCUCUGCAAGGCUAUCUUUUAUCAGAACACUUGCGGCAUCUCGGCUUUGCCUCUUGGUUGUUGCUGUUCUGUUGCUCCUGUUUUGGGUAUCUACCUUUAUGUUGUCUGGACCUUUUUCUGGGAUACCGGGCAUGGAGACGACAACGGAUAGUGGAAGAAGAAAGACACGACGAGAUUCUGCAGGAGGUGGAAGAGAAGAUGGAAGAAAUUGAGGAGCAUUAUAGGAAUAGCAGCAACAAUCAACAUUCCUCGGGGCAGCAAUAUCUUGAAGGGGACUACAUGUCAAAUGUGUGUCCCAUUUGUUUAGAGCCAUUUCCGCCCAAUGGCAACGAGGGUGAGGAAGAUGGAAUCGCCACUGAAAACACCCCUUUGUUUCAGAAAGGACAAAAAGGAUCUGAUGGGAAGCCAAUCAAGUCACUUCCAUGUGGACAUGUGUUUGAUCGCACAUGUAUAACAGAGUGGAUGGUAGCUAUACGAACCAAGCGCAGAAUGGGUGGUCUCACAUGCCCUGUUUGCAAUAUGGAAGUGUGACUUGGCUCCUUCAAUCAGUGAAACUGCUAAUGUAUGUAUGUUGUACCAUACCGGUAGAAGCCUUGCAGAGUAGACUUGCACAGACGUAGAUAGCAACUUGAAAAAUUGCAGCAACAACAGCAAGGGAGAUAUUCGCACGAACGAUGCGGUGCUUCUGCUUUGACCGCCCAAGGAACAUCGAUCGGUGAAGCGACCAUGAAAACGAAACUCGACUGUGGUGACUUGCUAGCUAGCUCGCUAGAGUCGAAGCAUCAAGCGAAAAAUUCAAAUCGAUUGGUUGGGAUGGUGCUUUGCAGCUGCUAUGAUAAGACUUUCUUUGCCCGUGACAGCAAGACGUGAGGUCCCACAUUCACCCAAGCUCCACC